AUGUGGAAGAUGGGGUGCAAUGAGUGGUGUAAUACUGAACCAACGAUGGAUACUAACGUGUGCUCACAUUGUGGCCCAAACUGUACGGCGACUGACAUUCGUGUAUAUCCGGGGCUAAGGAACCAAAGAUAUACGAACCAUACAUACUAUACGGGCGUUCAGUAUUUCAUUCAUCCCAAUUAUGAGAGCUAUCAAUGGACACAAUUUGAUUUGGGAUUAACUCGUGUCGACACUGAUAUACCAUUGGACGGCACUUCGAGUUUGACGGGUAUUAACGCUAUUUGUUUGCCCAAUAAAAUGGCGAUCAAUAAAAAAUCAGAGUACGCCCAUUUGGUUGGACACGGAGUAGAUAACAACACCGGAUUGAGUUUGAUUACAAUACAAAAAGCCUACGCAAACAACACAAUUGAUCGAAAUUACGCCAUAAUUGGACGACGAAUACCAUACAACUUGGGUUUAGACAUUUGUACUGUUGAUUCCGGUUCACCAAUAGUCCAAUAUGUGAAUGGAGUGGCAGUGCUUAUUGGGGUUGUUGUCAAUGCAUUGAGAGAUCCGCACGGCGAUAAUAGCGGUUCGGGUCUCGUAUCACAUCCAAUGGAUAAUCAAUACUAUCUAUAA